AUGGCAGAAGUUUUAGGCUUGGUCUCUGGCGUCUUGACCAUUGCACAAAUCGCUGGGUCUGUAGGCGCCAGUGUUAUCAGGCUGAAAACCCUGUGGGAUAAUGUCAAAAUUGUACCUGACAGUAUCCAAUCGUUGAUAUUGCAGCUCGAGCUACUGGAUCCAAUCCACUCAGAGAUGGAGAAUCAAUUUCCUGGGAUCCAGACUCUGCUAUCUACAGAUAGACUGAUGAUGUUGAGCUUCGAGCAUUCACGGAGAGCCAUGCGGACCCUUGAACGCUUGGUCGACGACCUCCAUCACCAAAUAUCUUCAACUAAACGGCUCAGAAAGGGCAUCGCUAAAGUCAAGGUCACCCCCAAGAAAGAAUUGAUCCGCACCUCGCUGGGACGGACAUUACUCCACUACGCAUCGCUUGAAGGACACUUCGAAAUGCUCCAGGGAUUGUGCGAACUUGGGCUAGUCGUUCACGAGACUGAUAAUGCGGGUAAAAUCCCCCUAGAUUAUCUUACUCGUUAUCGAACAGACCCAAGCAAGGCACUGGACAUCUACUGA